AUGAGAAAUGAGGUGAGAUUACUCCAGCGGCAGAUUAAACAUGACCAGCAAGUUAUGAGGAUGGGAAAGAAAAGAGGGCGAGGAGACGACGUAUACAACGAAGGCAUAGUUUUUACAGACGAAGGCUUUGGAGAAGUUCAAGUGCCCAACAAUGAUGCUUUGGUCAUAACCUUACGAAUUGGGGAAUACGAUAUAGAGAGAAUCCUGGUAGAUUCAGGGAGUUGUACAAAGCUGUUGUAUUAUGAUGCGUUCAAUAAAUUGGGUCUACCCCAGACAGACUUGGAGCAAUCCAUAACACCCUUGGUUGGGUUUGGUGCAGGUGCUGUCUGGCCCCUCGGGAAAAUAACGUUACCUGUUCAGGCUGGAUCAGUGGUGUUGAGGAUAGACUUUCUGGUUGUAGAUGUUCCUUAUUCCUAUAACGCAAUUAUAGGAAGGACUUGGCUGCACAAGAUGAGAGCUGUCUCUUCUACUUAUCACCAGAUGGUGAAGAUCUAG